AUGAUUGGAGAUCAAACAGCUGUGGGCCCUUCUUCUGGGAUUUUGGACGCAUCUUUUGCACCCUCACUCGUUUGGCAGUACAAGGAAGGCUUUUUGUCAAGUAGUUCUGGGUCAGUUGAGAAACAAACUUCUCAACAAGUUGCAAAAAAUCAUUUGUGGUUGAAGACUACGAUAGAUGCUGUCAAAUGGCUUACAUUUCAAGCUUGUGCAUUUAGAGGUUGUGAUGUAAGUCAUGAUUCUAAUAAUCGAGGGAAUGUUAUUGAAUGGAUAAAGCUUUUAGCAUUUUAUAAUGCGAAUGUGGCAGAUGUUGUGUUACACAAAGCUCCUCACAAUGCUUCAUACUACUCGCGUCAAAUUCAAAAAGAGAUUCUUAGUAUUUUCUUUGACAAAAUACAAAGAUUCGUUUGUGAGGAGAUUGAUGAAGCAAAAUGUUGCAUUAUAGUAGAUAAAGCUGGAGAUGAAUCAAAGAAAGAGCAAAUGGCUAUUGUUCUAAGAUUUGUUGAUAAAGAUGGUUUUAUAAAGGAGCGUUUUUUUGACAUAGUUCAUGUAUCGGAUACAACAUCAGCAACUUUGUGUAGACGUGCUCCCGAGGAGGACUCAUCGAGCUCCGCGCUGCGAAGGCAUGAUCAGUUAAAAGUUGCUCAAGUUAAAGAAAUUGUAGCAAAACUUGCCAUUGAGGAAAUUGAAAUUGGUAAAGGCAACAAUCAAGUUGGGACAUUGAAACGAGUUGAAGAUACUCGAUGGGGUUCUCACUUGGGAUCUAUUUCCAAUUUGAUAAAUAUGUUUAGUGCAACUUGUUCAAUCUUAAGUAAUGUCAUCAAUGAUGGAAUCACCUCUACUCAACGUGUAGAUGCAGAUAGAGUUUAUGAUAAGAUUACAUCUUUUGAGUUUGUGUUUAUCUUACAACUUAUGAGAGAUAUUAUGGGGACUAUUGAUGAUCUUUGCCAAGCUUUGCAACGUAAAUCCCAUGAUAUAUUGAAUGCAAUACAUCUAGUGUCAACUACAAAAGAACUUACUCAAAAAUAUAGAAAAGAUGGAUGGAUUCUUUUGUUGGAGAAUGUUCAACUAUUUUGUGAAAAAUAUGACAUAGAUAAUCCUGAUAUGAGUGCUCGUUACACAUCUGGUAGAUGUUGUUCUUGUCACCAAAGAGAUCACAUUACUAUUGAGAAUCAUUUUCGGGUUGAUAUUUUUACGAUUAUAUGUGAUUCUCAUUUGCAAGAAUUGAACAAUAGAUUCAGAGAAGAUGUGAUGGAGUUGCUUAUUCUUAGCUUUGCUUUAGAUCCUAGGGAUGAUUACAGUUCGUUCAAAUUGAAGAUAUAUGCAAGCUUGAAAAUCAAUUUUAUCCUAAUGACUUUACAGAUUUCUACGGCGACAACAGAACGUGCAUUUUCAGCCAUGAAAAUUAUAAAUACUAGAUUGCGCAGCAGCAUGGAGAAUGAUUUUCUUUUAACAUAUGUUGAGAAAGACAUUGCUUGA